GUUUUGACAAAGCUGUUAUAGCACGUGAAUAAUGAUAAUUGUCAAGAGGAUUCAUCGCUCUGAGUUGGGGCUGGGUAUAAGACGUACAGGUCACCCUUCUAGCUAGUAAACGAUUAAUAUCAAAAAAUAUUCUCCUUCCAACUUCGAACAGAACCUUCAAUCUCAGCAACAACAUCAAAAUGACUGUCGAAAUUUCCAAGAAAGUAGCCCUCGUAUUAGGGAGCACUCGCGCCAUCCGCGUGGGUCCCAACGUCCUCGAAUUCGUCAAGAAAGCCAUCUCGACAUCCUCAUCAGCAAACAAAGCCACCCUCACAACCAUCGACAUAGGCACCUUCAACCUCCCCAUCUUCGACGAAAAAGUGCUCCCCAAGAUGGUCCCCGCCCACGCCCAACUCGAACACGAACACUCCAAGAAGUGGUCCGAAGCCAUCAAACCCUACGACGGCUACAUCAUCGUGACUCCCGAGUACCACGGCGGCAUCCCCGGCGGUUUGAAGAAUGCGCUCGAUUACCUGUACCACGAAACGCAGCACAAGCCUGCUGUUAUCGUCUCGUAUGGAGGCCAUGGGGGAAGUCAGGUUAGUAGCCAUUUGAAGGAUGUGCUCGAGAGGAUCGAGAUGAAGGUCGUUGAGACGAGGCCUCAGUUGGCGUUUGCGGGAUUUGAUGAGACUGUCGUGGCGGCUACUACUGGGAAGCUUGGAGAACCGACGCUGACGGCGUGGGGCAAGGAGAAUGAGGCUCUAGUAGUGAAGGCGUUUGAGGAACUUGUUACUGCUCUUGAGGCGGAGGUUUCUCCUGCCGAUCCCGCCAAGUAGAGUGGUGUUGCGAGGUCAUUGAAGUAGUAGUCUCGGAGCUAUACAGCGUUGCCUUCUUUGAGUUGCUUGCAUAGAGAAUAGAAGCGUUGAGAACAAGACUUUGAGAACAAGACUUUGAAGACAAGACUUUGAAGACAAGGCUUUGGCAUGAAUACGUGGAGAGCAGACAUGUGGGACAUUGAACAACUAAUUCAACCUAUAGACAACGUGAUGAACUUUCAUGUAUAGAAAAACAAUGAGAACGUGUAGCUAAUGUUGAACAUGGAAGUGCAAGAGUCC